UACUCACAAGCGUAGAGUGUAGACAGCUGUCAUCAGCUGUGGUGAGCGAGAGAGACUCAACGUCACGUAUUUCCGAUUUCGUACAAGUUACAACACAAGGAGAUAAUGAAAUGCACGGCCCUCUUGAAUUCGUAUUUCUAAAAUCACAUUCGCGCAAUAGUUUUUAACGUGUACACUUGUUUGAAAUCUGUAAGUGUUACUGUAAGUUACAUUUUGUCACGGCCUCUUGGAUAUUUCCUUUUUUUCAACAUUGUGACCACCAUUACUGUGAAGUGUGAAGAAACAAAAGACGUAGUGAUUUCUAUUUCGUGACGUAAUUGAAUUUUAAUCGACUCUCGAAAUCCAAAUUCGCUGAUGUUUUUCAAUAUCGAGUAAACGACAAAGGCGUAAAGAUGUGGGAAGUGGAUUCUGACACGGGGUCCCAAAGCGUAUCUUCGGACGGAAUUCGACGACGGCAAGUAUGGGAUCCCGACGCCGAGAGUCUAGCUUCACCUAUAGACGAACUUGAUGAAGUACUAGCGGAGGAGGAGGAAGGAUGUCCACUACCAUCGACUCCGGAAGACCAACAUCUUCUCGACGCGGAGAUGGCAGAAGUGCUCAAAGCUGGCGUUCUAUCUGAUGAAAUCGAUCUAGGCGCUCUCGCCCACAACGCCGCGGAACAAGCUGAAGAGUUCGUGCGUAAAGUUUGGGAGGCUUCGUGGAACGUCUGUCAUUUUAGACAUUUGCCGCGGUGGUUGCAAGACAACGAUUACCUCCACAAGGGCCAUAGACCACCCCUACCUUCGUUCAGUGCCUGCUUUGCGUCGAUUUUCCGUAUUCACACUGAAACUGGCAAUAUAUGGACCCAUUUGCUGGGAUGUAUUGCAUUCAUAGGAGUGGCUAUUUAUUUCCUGUCUCGCCCGUCAAUUGAAAUUCAAAUGCAAGAGAAGAUGAUCUUUGGUGUAUUUUUUGUUGGUGCUAUCAUCUGCCUCGGAUUUUCCUUUGCGUACCACACAUUGUAUUGUCACUCAGAAAUGGUUGGAAAACUGUUUUCCAAACUAGACUACUGUGGCAUAGCUCUACUGAUAAUGGGGUCCUUUGUUCCUUGGUUAUAUUACAGCUUUUAUUGCCACUACAGACCCAAAAUUAUAUAUCUUUCUGUGGUAAUCGUGCUUGGUAUACUGUCAAUAAUUGUUUCUCUGUGGGAUAAGUUUUCUGAACCGCGACUGAGACCACUUCGAGCUGGAGUUUUCAUGGGCUUUGGUCUGUCUGGUGUAGUGCCGGCUAUACACUAUGGCAUCACCGAGGGAUGGUUCAGUCAGGUCAGCAAGGCUUCUCUCGGUUGGCUGGUUCUGAUGGGCUUACUUUAUAUUUUAGGAGCAAUGUUUUAUGCUCUCAGAGUUCCUGAACGUUGGUUCCCAGGGAAGUGUGAUAUUUGGUUCCAAUCACAUCAAAUAUUUCAUGUUCUUGUUAUUGUUGCUGCUUUUGUGCAUUACCAUGGCAUAAGUGAACUGGCUUCUUAUAGAGUGACUGUUGGAGAGUGUUCUAUGCCACCUUCAUCUAUUGCAUUCUAGCCUCACCUGACACCAAAAGUGAUAGUAGACCAUAGAAAGUAUCUAGACUAAUAAUGUCUUCUUUCAAUUUUGCACAUAGAACUUGUUUUUAAAUUUUUAAUUGUAUGUUUUUUACUUUUUCACUGAGGCUACAGUAAAACUACUGUAUGCAUAAACAAAACUAAUUUAUUUUAAUAGUUUAAUAACUACCGUAUGCAAUAAGUAUUUUAUAGACACUCUUAACUGGUUCACUAUUUGUUUUAUUAAAUUUAUAAAUAUAUUUAUAUUUUCAUAAUAUUUUCUUUGAUGUUUUUGUUUUUAUUACUUUUGGGUCAAAAAUAUUUCUUGUUUCAUGUAAUAGAAAAUUAUGGGUUUGAACAGGACUAAUGGUACAUAUUCUUGACAUUCAUUGUUUAUACAAUGCUAUUUUUUGUGGACUAAUUUGUCGUUGUUCAUUCCUGUUUCAAUCCAUUACUAAGUUACUACUUAUUGUUUAUGAUAAUUAUAAUUAAUUUAUAAUAAUUGGUGGAAGUAAGUACUAUUAAAGUAACUGUAAUUUAGUUUAAAGAUACUUUAGUCUUGCACUGAUAAAAAUAAACCAUACAGUCCAUAGAGUUUUUUACCAUAGUUUAUGAAUUUUAUAUAAAAAAUAAUUAAAACUUUUUGGAAUGUACUUAAUUUACAGUAAUAUUUGUUGACCACAUAAAGGGGUGAUUAUUGACUAAAGCAUCACAACAACAGCCACAAGCCUUAAGCACAUAAAUUUCAAGAUUCACAGAAUUUAAAUUCUAUUAUUUAUCAAGCAUUUGUGAAGAGUGUGUCAAAUGUUUCAUCGACAGUUGCCUGUUGCACUGCUUAAGAGGUUUGAGCUAAGAAUGUAGUUA